GGGUAUUUGGGUUGAGGGUGCUCUAAGAAGUCGGUGUUACAGGCAAAAAUCGAUUGUCCAAAAAAAAAAAAAACAUAAAAGCGGCGAAGACAACCACCGCAACGUUAUUGAAAGAUGGCGAAAGAUUGUUUAACCAAAGUCGUUGCCGGAGCUGCAAUCGGCGGCGCAGUUGGCGGCGCUGUAGGUGCUGUCUAUGGAACUUACGAGGCGAUUAGAUUCAAGGUCCCUGGGCUAAUGAAGAUAAGGUACAUAGGGCAGACAACCAUGGGCAGCGCAGCGAUUUUCGGGCUUUUCCUAGGUGCAGGCAGUUUGAUACACUGUGGAAAAUAAGCAGCAUUAAGUGUGUGCCCUGGUGAAAGAUCUGUUUCUUUUCUGAAAGACAUUGAGCUUUUUUAUUCAAUAAGUUUUUUUUUUUUUUUUGGGGUGAAUCAUCAUCAUGUCUUGGGUUUUGAUGUUUUGUUUCUUUUGCAUGAUAUAAUCUUGUUAAUGAUAAGAUCAUGUUACAUCCAAGGUUCUUAGUUUCAAAAUAAAGCUUAGAAAGUGGA